CCUCUUUUCAUUUAGGGGUUUUUGUAAUCUUCUUACUAAGAGAUAAGAGUAGUAGUAGUCGAGAAGCGAUCGGGUGGCAGCCACACGCCGCAUUUUACAGGGCAUUUAUUAAUCGUUAAUUUAAUUGUGCCGUACCGUCAAGGUUCUCUUUUUUUCCUAUUCUUCCUCUUUCCUUACUUCUUCCUUCUUACAUCGAUCUGCACUUUGACGGACCACUCGGUAAGUUUUUUUUUGUGUUGUUUUAAAUAGCCUUUCUUUUACGCAUUAACAUUUGGUCCUUCGAGCCACCGGAUCUUCGUUUAGUUAAAUCUAGAGCAUUGGUAUCGCUAUUUUUGGAACGCGUUGUUGCAAAAACCCUUCGCUUAUCGAGUUAUCGCUUUAGCUUAUCUCUUGUCGCUGUUGCUCGCAUACGUCCUCGCUUAUUAGAAAUUCGUUUAAAUUUAUCAUGGCUCCAACUAAAGAGAAUGAAUUAAAGUCUCUUCAAGGCAAGCGUCAAUCACUUUUUUUGAGAAUUCAGCGUUUAUAUAACGACUCUAGAAACCUGGAUGAUGAGACGGUUUGCAAAAACUUUAAAAUUAGAUAUAAUACACUAGAAGAAACGCGCCGAUUGUUUAGUAAUUGCAUUGAUUCGAUAAAUUUAUUAAGUUUAGAACUCGACUCUGACUAUACGCCUAGCUUUGCUGAGUUGGAGGCGGUGGACGAAUUAUAUUGUCACAUUGUAGAAGCAGCAAAAAAGGUUUUUACAAAAACUGAAAGUUUGCCCAAGCCGGUGAAAGCUAUAGCAAAAUUGCCCAAGAUCGAAUUGAUGGAAUUUUCAGGGGAAAUGUCCGAUUGGCCAAUUUUUUAUGACACGUUUAGAACUUUAAUACACGAAAAUCCCGAUUUAGACGAUAUUACUAGAAUGCAUUACUUAUUGGGAAAAUUGACGGGUAAAGCUUUGCUGGUUUGCUCUGGAAUACAACCAACAGGAGCAAAUUAUCCCAUCUUAUGGAAAGCGCUCGUAGAAAAAUAUGAUGAUAAACGUCUUCUGGCUAGUACUUAUUUGUCGCAAAUUCUUGACUUUAGACCUUUACAAAAUGAAUCGGUAGUUUGUUUAAAUACAUUUUUGGAAAAGUUUGAUACAGCGGUGAACGCUUUGAAACAAUUAGACAUAGAAAAUCUUUCGGACUUUAUUAUAAGUUCAAUCGCACUUUCAAAAUUAGAUGGUCAAACUCGUAGACAUUUUGAGCUGUCACAGAAAAAAUCUGAAAUUCCUUUGUACAAGGAAAUUGUUGACUUUGUAAAGGAUCACACAAAAAUCUUAGCUUGUACUUUGAAAUCAACUGCUACAACAGCCAAUCGAACGAACUAUAGCGCUCCUUUCAGUAAACCUAGUAGAACCCAUUCGCUUGUUGUUAGUAAUCGCGCAUCGAAUAAUAUUUGUCCAAUUUGUAACGAGGCUUCUCAUUUAGUUUAUCAGUGUGCGAAGCUUUUAAAGUUAGGUCCCUUGGAAAGAUAUCAAUUAGUCAAAGAUAAAGCUUUAUGUUUAAAUUGCCUUAGUCCGAAACAUAAAAUAAUCGCUUGUAAAUCGACAACCACUUGUAGUUUGUGUCGAAAAAGACAUCAUUCUCUGCUUCAUUUUGAUAAACCGCACAUUGAGACAUCAGAACAGCCUGCUAAAAAGGAUUUGGUUUCAAUUAGUGACGUUAAUAGUACUUCCCGCGAGCCCCAUAGUUUUUGUGUCGCUUCAAAUACUAGCUUUAAAUCAUCUAGAUAUAGUAACACUUUGCUUGCUACCGCCAUAGUAGAAAUAUUCGCUCCAAAUUCGAAAAGGAAAUUAGUUAGACUUUUAGUAGACCCCGCUAGUCAAUCGCAUUUUAUUACUACAAAUUGUUGUACCCGCUUAAAUUUGCCAAUUAGAAAAAUUAACGCUUCUGUUAAAGGCAUAGGAGCCAUCACGCAUCCUAUAAAAGGAAAAAUAGAUACGGUCAUUGCUUCUCGCUUUAAUUCAGAUUAUAGAUACAAGUUCGAGGCUUUAGUUAUCGAUCAAAUUAUUGACAAUUUGCCAGAUCGAAAUAUUCCGCAAUCAUCUAUAGAAAAUUUGCUUAAUCUUCCGCUAGCCGACGAGAAAUUUUUUGAGUCGGGGGAAAUCGAUGGAAUAAUUAGUGGUAAAUUGUUCCCGCAAAUAUUAGGCCCGAACAAAGUAGAAAGUUCACUUGGAAGCCCAAUCGCUUUAGAAACUACACUAGGAUACAUAGUUAUGGGCGAAAUACCACAUGUAGCCGCGAAUUGUGAAACACAUUCAUUUUGUUUGAUUGAGGAACCACCUCUAGAUAAAGCACUUGAAAAAUUUUGGUCAAUGGAAGAGGUUCCCAGUCCCAGUGUUUCAUUGAAUAAAGAUGACGCAAAAUGUGAAGAACUUUUCGUUUCUACGGUUAAACGCGAACCGUCCGGAAAAUACAUAGUCUCGCUUCCUUUUAAAGAAUUUCCUCCUAAUUUGGGUAGUUCAUUUCAAAACGCUUUUCGAAGAUAUCUAGCUUUAGAAAGAAAAUUUCGCUCAAUGCCAGCAUUUCAUCAAAGUUAUUGCGAUGCAAUACAAGACUUCAUCGAGCAAGGUCACAUGUCUUUAGUAGAGCCACAUAGAUUGAAUAGCGAAUCUUCAUUUUACAUUCCGCAUCAUGCUAUUUUUAAGGAAAGUACUAGUACUCCACUGAGAGUUGUGUUUGAUGCUAGCGCCAAAGGUAGUAAUUCGCUUUCUUUGAACGAUGUUUUAUAUACUGGUGAAAAAUUACAAACCGAUAUAGUUUCUUUGCUACUGAAUUUUAGACUAUUUGCUGUAGCCAUGACCGCUGACGUACGUCAGAUGUAUAGACAAAUUUGGCUUAAUCCCGAUCAUCGAUGCUUUCAAAGAAUUCUCUGGCGAUUUUCGAUUAAUGAACCUCUCCAAACAUACGAAAUCAAUGUAGUCUCUUUUGGAGUCAAAGCCUCGCCAUUUUUAGCUCUUCGUACAGUUAAGCAACUUGCCUCGGACGAAUCUAGAAAUUUUCAGUUAGCUUCAGGAAUUGUAAAUAGAGAUACAUACAUGGACGAUGUUGUAACUAGUGUUCCUACCAGUGAAGAAGCUAUUGCGUUGUAUCGCGAUUUAAUUGGUUUGUUUAGGGCCGGGGGGUUUAGCUUAACCAAAUGGACAACAAACUCUAAUGAAUUAUUGUCAGAAAUUUUAGAAUCGGAACGCUGCUUUCAGCCCGUUGAAUUUAGCAAUGAUUCCUUGAAGGUCUUAGGUUUUCAGUGGCAUCCGCAAACCGACUUGCUUGGUUUUAAAAUUAGUGUUCCUGACAUAGAAUGUACGAAACGGAAUAUUUUGUCAAUAAUUGCUCGCAUUUGGGAUCCUUUAGGAUUGUUGGCUCCCGUUACCUUAUAUGCAAAAUUAUUGAUUCGGGAAAUUUGGGUUCAAAAACUUGGUUGGGACGAUCCUGUAUCGGCUGAUAUACAAAAAAUUUGGAGUCUUUUAAAAGGAGAGUUGCAUCUUUUGGAAAACUUUGAAAUUCCGCGUCAUUUAGGAACUUGUAGUAAUUUACCUGUGACAAUUGUUGGAUUUGCAGACGCAUCAGAAAAGGGUUAUGGAGCGGUAGUGUAUGUAAAAGUUCCAGAAAAGGUACCUACUGUUAGAAUCAUUUGUGCUAGAUCAAAAGUUGCUCCGUUAAAGUCACUUUCGAUACCCAGAUUAGAGCUUUGUGCUGCGCUUCUUUUAGCUAGACUGAUCCAUUUUGUAGAAAGCACUUUCCAAUCGCGAUUAAUUAUAGAAAACAUUGUUGCUCUGACUGAUUCUUCGGUCGUACUUAACUGGAUAAACGCAUCUCCUCAUCGUUGGCACACUUUUGUAGCAAAUCGCGUGGCAAAAAUUCAAGAAUUAGUGCCGUCGGUUAAUUGGUAUCAUGUCGAUGGGAAGGAAAACCCAGCCGACCCAAUUUCUAGGGGUCUAACACCGGCGCACCUUUUAAACCACCCGAUUUGGCUAACUGGUCCUAAUUGGUUAUUUAUGGACGAACAGUUAUGGCCUAUUAACUCUUCAACUAAUACAGACGAACCUCCACUCGAAGAGAAACCGAUAGUUCUCGUCACUUUCUCACGUUGUGUCAACCCUUUACGACAACUUAUAGAUAGAUCGUCUUCGUAUAGUAAAUUGCGCAAUGCAGUUGUAUAUGUUCUCAGAUUUCUUAAGUUAUUGCCAAAAGGAAAUCUUAUUACACUCAAAGACUUAGAAACCGCUGAAUUAACGCUAGUUAGACUUGUCCAAAGAGAACAUUUUGCUUCAGAUUUAGCUUUGUUAGAGCAAAAUAAACCUUGUUCGCCUAAAAUUCGUUCCUUAUGUCCGUUUCUUAAAGAUGGAGUUAUUAGAGUAGGAGGACGUCUAUCAAACUCAAAUUUAGAAUAUGAUCAGCAGCAUCCGUUUUUGCUGCCCAAAAAAGACCACUUGGUGGAUCUCUUAAUAGACUAUUUUCACCAACGUAAUUUACAUACUGGUCCGCAUCUUACACUGUCGUUGUUGCGUCAGAAAUUUUGGAUUCUAGCUGCACGAAAUGUUGUUAGACAUCGCAUUCGCAACUGUAAUUAUUGCUUUAAAUUUCGUCCUCGCGCAACUUUCCCAUGUAUGGCGGAUUUGCCCGCUCCUAGAAUUACAGAAGCGAAACCAUUUUUGCACAGUGGUGUAGAUUAUGCCGGACCUUUCUAUAUCACUCUGACUCGUCGUAGAGGUGUAAAAAGCCAGAAAGCUUAUUUAUGCUUAUUUAUUUGUUUAGUUACCAAAGCCUUACAUCUAGAAGUGGCUUCUGACCUAUCCACUGCGACUUUUAUUAAUGCCUUUAAACGUUUUUUAUCCCGUCGUGGUCCAUGCUCGGUUUUGUAUUCCGAUUGUGGUACAAAUUUUAUUGGAGCUAAAACUGCCCUAGACGAUUUGUCAAAAUUUGUGACCUCACAAGAGUAUCAUUCUAGUAUUGAUGAUGAAUUGAUUAAACGAAAUGUAGUAUGGAAAUUUAAUCCUCCAGCAGCACCUCACUUUGGAGGAAUCUGGGAGGCAAACAUUAAAAGUGUGAAGUCUCAUUUAACUAAAGUUAUUGGCACCCAAAUUUUGACUUAUGAAGAAUUUACGACGGUUAUUACUCAAAUAGAGGCUUUAUUAAAUUCUCGACCAUUGUGUACGCUCAGCUCGGAUCCUAACGAGCCGUUAGCUUUGACGCCUGCUCAUUUUUUGACAGGGACGCCCCUUCAAUCGCUACCAAUUCAAAAUUUAGACAUGUCGACUAAUUUAGUAACCCGAAAAGAACUGCUCGAUCAAAUUUUGCAAACGUAUUGGAAACGAUGGCACAUGGAAUAUCUACAUAAUUUGCAAGUUCGUCAAAAAUGGAAUAAGCCAUCUUCUCCAAUAAAGGUCGGUACGGUCGUAGUUUUGCGGACGGAUAACACCCCACCGUUGCAUUGGCCAUUAGGGGUCGUUCAAGAGGUCUUUCCUGGCAAGGAUGGGAUAGUUCGCGUCGCCAGCGUCAAAACUCCCAAUGGUCUUUAUAAACGACCUAUAGUUCGUCUAUGUCCCCUUCCAAAUCAGUGAUCGUUUUGAUCCUAUAAUUUUGUUUUUAGUUAUUUGUUCUUUGGGUGGAUGCAAUUACUUGCAGUUUAAUUUAAUUUAAUAUUUAUUAUUAUUAUGCGGAAGGGAACUUAUAUUUCUUUUCUUUAGUUGAUAAUUUAGUUUUAGUUAACUUCAUUCCUUAACGGUCGGGGGGAAUGUUAGCGCCUCUUUUCAUUUAGGGGUUUUUGUAAUCUUCUUACUAAGAGAUAAGAGUAGUAGUAGUCGAGAAGCGAUCGGGUGGCAGCCACACGCCGCAUUUUACAGGGCAUUUAUUAAUCGUUAAUUUAAUUGUGCCGUACCGUCAAGGUUCUCUUUUUUUCCUAUUCUUCCUCUUUCCUUACUUCUUCCUUCUUACAUCGAUCUGCACUUUGACGGACCACUCGGUAAGUUUUUUUUUUGUGUUGUUUUAAAUAGCCUUUCUUUUACGCA